AUGGGAGUCGGAGCCCAGCUCCUGGCGGCCUCUGCCCUGCUGUCCUUUGUCCAGCUGCCUGGGGCAAGAUGUGAGGAGAACUGUGUCAGCGCUGAGCCUUGCCUGACCACAGACUGGGUCCACCUCUGGUACAUAUGGCUGCUGGUGGUGAUCGGCCUGCUGCUGCUCCUGUGUGGCCUGAUGACAGUGUGCAUGCGUUGCUGCUGUCCCGGCCGCCAGCAAAGCGGGGAAGACAGGGGCCCGCCGCCCUUCGAGGUGACCGUGAUCUCUUUCGACCACGACAGCACGCUGCAGAGCACGGUCACGUCCCUGCAGUCCGUGCUUGGUCCUGCAGCUCGGAGAAUCCUGGCCGUGGCUCACACCCACUGCCCCCUGGGCCAGCAGCCCUCCUCCGCCGACGUGCUCCCGGGCUAUGAAGAAGCCCUGCACAUGAGUCGCUUCACCGUGGCCAGGUGUGGGCAGAAAGCACCCGACCUGCCCGCGGUGCCAGAGGAGCAGCAGCUGCCUGGCGUGCGGGAGGGGUGCCCCCAGAUGGGACACACCCCGAACUGA